UCGGACAGGACCCUCCGGAGCUGCGUGCAGGGGAUGGACUAACUAACUAACCCACUACCACCUCUCGGACGGUGUAUCCUUCCGCCCUGAUUGUGCGCGACUUCUUGAGACUCAUGUUAGUCUCAGGACGCCCAGCUCUCCUCAAACCUGCAGGUAUGAUCCCAAGAAAUGAGGUUGUGCUGUCCGUUCUGCGAGAGCUCCAGGAGGCCACAGAGAGCUCUGGCCUGGACGCCGUGACCAGAGUGGCCAUGGGAGUAGAGCGGGUCUUCGCUCCUUUCCAGCUCCCUAAAGCGCCCUGUCAGGAUUUUCCUGAGUGGGUCCAUGUGGACAAAGCAGCCCAAGCUCUGUACCCUGCUGACGCGCCUCAGGAGCUACUACCUCUGAGCUGUAAUGGAGAAGGCAACUUACUAUUUGAUGCUGUGAGCACACUGCUUGUGGGUAACACCGGACUCAGCCUAGAGCUGCAGGUAAGGACUGUGGUGGAAAUGGUGCUUUGGAAGAGAUACUACUUAUCUGGGAUGAUUGAUUCUAAAAUGAUGCUCCGAGCUGUACGAUUUAGUCUUAGUGCAGAAGAGUCUGAAGACAUGCUCAACCUGCCUGUAACCGUUUUGGAGGCCAUAUUUGAUGCAGAUGUGAAAGCAUCCUGCUUCCCUGGCUCCUAUGCCAACAUGUGGCACGUCUAUGCCUUGUCAUCUGUCCUUCAGUUCAACAUCUACUCCAUCUACCCCAUGUUCAACCUCAAGAUUCGACCCUAUUUCAAUCGACUAAUACGCCCCAGAACCUGGCCCAAAGACUCGGAGCCACAAACCAUUCACAUAAUGUGGUCUGGGGACAUGCAGUCAGAGUCCUUGUUCAGGCCCAAAUACUUUGUCUCGCUCGUUCAGGCAAGUUUACUUGUGUGUAGAAGCCCCCAAAGUGAGGAGACCACAUCUCCACACAGGAGUGAGGAGCUGCUAAACCAGGAGUCGCAGCUUUCCUACCCAAGUCUGAAGGAUAAGUACAACAUCACCAAGAGGACUUUCUACCGCUGGAAGAGGCAGACGCAGGAACACUGCAAAAAGCCAGCAGUAAGGUAUGAGGCCAAAUACUUCCUCCAGGCCUGCUUCUUGGAGGGCAAACUCAUUCCCCUGCACCAGUUUAAAGAGUUUUUCCCUGAGAUCUCUAGGUCAUCGUACUACAACUGGAAGCACGAGCUCAUGAAAUCUGGUGGCCAUUUCUCCACAUCUUCCUCAGCUGGAGAGAUCAGCCCCGGAGAAAGCACGGAGCAGGAGGUUUGGUCCUCACCUGAAACCAAACAAGAUGAGUCAGACCACCAUGACAGCAUUGCAAGUAUGUUUGGCCUUAACCUGGGCAAGAUGGAUGCCGAGAGGGCUCAGAAUGUAGCACACAUGCAGGAAGCUAAGCGUUGUCUACAGAACUGCAUCGCCAUGAACACUUCCUUUCCGUUCAGGAUAUUCAAGAGAAACUUCCCAGGAAUUUCACGAUCAACCUAUUACAACUGGAGAAGAGAAGCUCUGCUCUUCAGUCGGGGAUACAAAAGCACCAUUGUUAGCAGUGAAGAAAGCUCAGAUGCCGACAAGAGUCAGAGCCCAAAAGAUCAGUUGUUGGCACUACCUGGCCUUACUCAACCCACUGCACCAAGAAUGAGAGUCUGGAGAAGGAAACACAGAAGUUUCAGGCUGGCCUAUUUGAGUAAAAAGCAGCUGAGAGAAGCUGCAAAGUUGUACGUUCAGAAGUCCAACUGGUCCUUGACAAAAUUUAAGAUCAAAUUCCCCUCCAUUUCAUCAUGUUUCUAUUGGCUUUGGCGUAGCAGCCAAAACCACAAGACAAAGAAAGUAACUGUCACUCAGAAUGCAGAGGUCAAUGUCCCCAAGAGCGAGGAGAGUAACGCCAACAAGAUGAUGGAGAAGCAGGAUGAGCUCCCAUUUGUCCACAUCCCCCAGUUCCUGGAAAGUUCCGCUGUGCCUUCUUUUGACGCCCAACAGUUAAAUCAUCCCAUCCCCAGCAGGGUGCCCAUGGAUGAGCAGAUGUUUUCACUGGAUGUUGUUGCUCUUGCCAACUUCAAGGCCAAAGCCAAACUCUUCCUCCAGCAACGCUUUGAGGAGAAGUCCUUCCCCACAUUCAAAGAAUUCCGAUCUUACUUCCCAUUCACCGCUCGCUCAACAUAUUACAUGUGGAAGCGAGCAUUGUACCAUGGAGUGUCACUGGUUCAUGGCUAAAAGGGUAAAACUACUACUAUUCUUAACUACCUAUGGUGUUAAAUCCAUGUAACAUAAAUUAGCUUAGUGUUUAAACUGCCUCAGAUCGUUCCUACCUCCUGGACAUUUGCACAUGUGUGAAGAGAUACCAAGUUGUAAGUCUUUUUAAAUAGUUGUUUUUUUUUUCUUUUCUUAUAAAGCUGCUUUUCUUCGAUUCUCUUGACCCUGACUUUUGUACUUUGGGCUUGUGAAAAAUUAACUUUAUUGUUGUGUGAUUGAAUAUGUUUUGUAUACAAUGAAAAACAUUUACUGCAGCAUUAAAAGCUUUUGGUUUCUUUACAGCAAUUAGACAUUACUCAUCUUUGUUCAGAUAUCUCAACUCUAAGCAGUGAUAGUUUGAUUAGAAUCUUUAAGUUACAGAAUGAAAAAUAUUCACAUGGUGCACUGAAGCUUAAGGUGAUUGUGCAAAUUAUGGGAAUCUAAAUGCCUAUUUUUCAUGAAAUCUUUACAUUAAUUUGUAUUCUCACUCUAGAUUUGCACUGAAAUGAAACAUAUUAUGGUACUGAAUGUAGAGCAUAAACCAUUAUGUACACUUUUGUUAAGUGGUUUCAAUUUCUGUUUACAAGUGGAAGAAACUUUAAUCGGAAUAUAGAUGUUUUUUGGGGGGUUUUUCUGCAUCAUUUUACUACCUAUCCCCAUAAAGAGUGGGAGACUUAUCUGUAUAAGCUACUUUUUUUGGACCUGUCUUUUAGUCAUUUUUUUUCUUUUUUUUUCAAAGACGAGCUAAUGCAAUAAACCGGGGUUAUUUCAUUUUACAUUUAUUCUUGAUGUAUUUAUUGUUUUUUGUAGGCUUAUUGUUUUAGAAAAACACUGACAUUUUCAUUUAAAUAGCUCUGUAAUC